AAAAAAAUGACCCUUUUUAUUCAUUAAGAUCACAAAACUUUUAUAUCAACUUUUAAUUCUAUAACAAUUCAAUAAUAAUAAUAAUAAAUGAAAAUAGCCGUUUUUAUGCGUUUCUUUUCCGCCAAUCGAACUCGACCGUUAGAACAGCACACGAGAGAUUCAGUGCUCCACUCCACUGACUAUCCGUUGCACCACAAAAAUUGAGUUCUCAUUACAAGUUGGACUUCAUCUCCACUUUCAUCUGACAUUUCGACAAAACCACAAAACACACAACUCUCACGUACUUUACCGUUUUUUUUCCUUUUUUUCCUUUUUAUUUUCCUUUUCCAUUUUUGUUCUUAAAAUGGUUGCAAGAACCCCACCAAAGCUGCAGAGGAAGAAAAUGGCGGCUGUUACUCCGCACCUCAGCCCCACUCUCCUCAGAGAAACUGUUAAGAAGGUGGAUAAGUGUAUGGCUCGAUUGCAAGAGCUUCAACACACGGUAAAAGGCGGGUCGAAAGUGAUUUCCGGUGUGAGUUUGAGCCCACGGAGAAAUUAUAACCGAACGAAUGUCCCGGCUUUCAAACACGACUCAUUGAGGAUAAGAAACACUAAUCCACGAAAAUCGUCCCCUCCCGGAAAGCUACCGCAAGUAAACACAGAGGAUUGGCGAAGAAUGUCAUUGCCAGCAAUGCUGUUGGGCGAGACACUGAGUGAACUCGUUCAAUCAACUCAGUUUGCACGAACCAUUGUGCAAUCAGCAGCAAUAAUAAUCCCUUCAACUCCUCCCCUGAAGAGAAAACCUCCUAUGCAGAACAAGAAUCUAGAGGACACGUGGCAGACAAUGCAUUCGCGGAGGAAGAGAGAGAAGCAAACAAUGCGUGUGGGUCCCGGUACUUGGAAAUCCAAAAUAAACUUGAAGAAAAGUUCUUCUUCUUCUUCUUCUUCUUCUUCUUCUUCUCCUUUGUACAAAGAGUGUGAGAAAGAAAAUUGUAGGUAUGUAAUAUCAGCCAAUAGGGUCUCGCCGAGAAAUAAGCCGUGGGCCCGAAAGACUGUCCUUUUCCCGAACCCUUUGUUCCGAGAAAAUAAAAAUAUUCCCGUUAUCAAAACUCAAACUCCACACAAGUUUCAAUCGGCAAACACACUCAAGGGAAGAAAAUACGAGGAGAAGGUGAUAAUGGAAAUCGAGAAGAGUCGAAAUACGGCACACAAGUUGUUGAUGAUGCAAGGGAAAAUCAAAAGCCCGGUAAUGGAUGUUUCGGCUAAUUAUUCCUCGAGAAGAAUGACGGGCAAAAAAUUGUCGAGGAGAUCAUUUUCACCGUCGAGGCUUGUGAAUAGGAUUGUGCAUUCGCCUUUGAAAUUCAGAAGCUCUAUGUGCAAAAGAAUGGAGGGUGUGUGA